CAGUUACCAUGUUACCGUGGGUCUCUCACCUGUGGAAUUAAUUAUUGCUAUGGCGAUGAAGGAUGAAACGUCAUGUUGCCACUGAUUUUUAGAUAAACAAGCCAUGCUGCAACCUCUCUCAGAUCACACCAGCCCAGGAUUCUAACCAGUAGGUUGUGAAAGACAUUGUCCUCCUAUCAGCACCAUGCCAAGCCAACUCCAGAGUGCCAUGGACGCACUUAUAACAGUUUUCUACAAAUACUCUGGGAACGACGGAGACAAAUACAAGCUCAACAAGGGAGAGCUGAAACAGCUACUGAACAGUGAACUCACUGACUUUCUCAUGUCUCAGAAAGACCCCAUGCUGGUGGAGAAGAUCAUGAAUGAUCUGGACUCCAACAAAGACAACGAGGUGGACUUCAAUGAGUUUGUGGUUCUGGUGGCGGCCCUGACCGUAGCCUGCAACGACUUCUUCCAGGAGAAGCAGAAGAAGAAUGCCAACUAACAGUUAAAUCCGAAAUGGCUUCCCCUUGCCUAUUUAGUGCACUUCUAUUGGCCAAAGCGUCAUAGGGCUAUGCCAGGUCUACAUAGGGCUCUGGUCAAAAGUAGUGCACUGCAUAGGGAAUAGGGAGCCAUUUCAGAUUGGCCCGUGGAUAGAAAAAGAAUUAGAAACCAACAGAGGUAGAAAGUAACGAAUUACAACCACACCCAUCAUGCUGAACAUUGAAUAUUUACUGUGAUCACUUCGCAAUUCCCCAUGGUCUCAGUGCUACUAAAACCACUACACUAUAUGUUUGUCAACAGCAGAAGGAGAUAAGACUAAAGUCGAAAUCAUAAAUGAACAUACUUUUGCUAGAGAUAGGAUACUUCUGUCCCUCCGACGCAUCAAAACAGAUGAUUUCAAACAUGGUGUCACACUACCCUGAGUGCCAGACUGUUUCAGCUCUCAACAACACUUCUGGCCAGAGAACAUAACCACAAAGAUCUGGCUGGAGCCGAAACAGACUGGUACCCAAGCUAUCGUCACAUAGCCUGGGUGAUAUCAGAAUAAGUGUCUGCUUGGUUAGUUCAAUGAUUGAUUUAUUCUGUCAUUCAUCCAUCUUUUCAUUGAUUUUUGCAAUGUAUUGUAACUAUCAAUGUGUCACAUCUUGCAAAGAGGGAGGGGGGUUAUUUCCUGUAAAUCAGAGACAUACUUGAGAAUGUUCCUUCCAUUCUAAAAUGUGCUUGUUUCAUGCAACCCUUUCUGUCACUUAAUGAGAAAUGUAAAUCUAAUUACAAUUGCAUGAGCAUGUUUCUUAUUCAUAAUUAAUUUGCCAUCACAUGUAAAUGAUUGACAGCAUUGACAGCCUAUAAUCAUAUGAAAAUGAUUAGCUUGACAAUAUUUGUUUUAUAUUGUGACAGUAACACAGCAUAAUAAAGUUCUAAUC